CAUCGGACGCAAUAGCAGAGGCUUAGAAACAUGGAGACUGCAGGUGCUGGACCUGGGCAGCCGUCCUCUCGUCUGGAGGCUCCGGGAUCUACAGACGAUCGGCUUUUCCUGGUUAAAGGUGGAGUUUUCCUUGGUACUGUUGCUGCAGCAGGAAUGCUAGCCGGAUUUGUUACAACGUUAUCAUUGGCUAAAAAGAAAAGCCCUGAAUGGUUCAAUAAGGGGAGUGUGGCCACGGCUGCCUUACCGGAGCGCGGCUCUGCCCUGGCCCUGCGAGCCCUGGGUUGGGGCUCACUGUAUGCGUGGUGUGGGGUCGGCGUGGUCAGCUUCGCCAUCUGCAAAGCGUUAGGAGUACAUAGCAUGAAGGACUUUCGAAGUAAAAUGCAAUCAAUAUUUCCAGCAAUUCCCAAGAACUCGGAAUCGUCUCUUGAGUGGGAGGAAGCAUUGAAAUCCAAAUGAGAUGAGCAUGGCGAGGGAAGUCUAAAACGAUUGUUUUGGAAAGGGUAGCUUCGGAGAUGCCACGGAAUCAAAGGGACUCGAUUGAUUUAUCAUCAGGAACAUGUGCAUUGUUGACUGAAUCCACGGGAUAGAAGGCGUUCAGUGUCCGCGUGGGAGGCCGACUGUCUGCACUUAACUUUAAAAUUGACAUGGGCAUGUGUGUGUAUAAGGUUUUCCCCAAAUUAGGAAGACCGUUUUAAAAUAAUUAUAUGGAUAACUUCUCUGGGGAGAAGAUCCCAGGGGAAAUACUUCUGACAGCUGAAGCCAAGUUUUGUACCUGAAAAAAUUUAUAAUAACAUAUGAUGGAAAAUCUUUAUAGACAGAUUCCUAACCACACUAGUACCUCAAUGUGUCUAAUUAAAUGAGUUUCAACAGCGUUUCAGGUGUGUGAUUCUCAGGGCUCGGAAGGCUCGUUCCUAUUCGGCCGACUCCAGAGCCGCAGGCUAACAGGUAACCCCUGUGUGUCAGGCAGCAGAUGUGGCUCUGUGGUCCUGACUUUGCAGCCCUGGGUUUGCACAUGCUAAUCAGUCAGCUGAUGAGCUCCCCUCAAGGCCCUGCAAGGCUUACCCAGAGGUAAGAAGCCAGUAACCGAGUAUGAGGACUUGAAAAGGUGGCCAUGCUAAAAGAAUACGGUAUCAUGGAUAUAAAAUGUACUCUUUUGAGGAGUUGGUUCUGUGUCCCUAAACAUUGACUGCGUGUUGUUUUAUCUCCAUUGUCAUUGUAAAAAGAGUCCAAUUAUCGCCUACCUUAACAAAUAUUUUUAACCAGAAAUUCACCUGAGUAUUGAGUCUCAAUAUGAAGUAAUCAGUACUGCCCCCCUGAAAUCUAGUGGUAAAUUCUUAUAUGCACACCCAGUCCUUCCCUGUCCUCGGUGAUGUCUUAAAGAAAACAGAGACUAAUGUCUGCACACAAUUAUUUUUCUGAAAUUAACAUUCUCUAAAGAAAAGUACUUUCAUAUGUCGGUAUACCCAGAAAAAUAUGGUGGGGUAUCAGUUAUACAAUUCCUUUAUAAUUACUAAGGCUCUAAUUAGCAAUCAGGUUUAAUAAAGUAUAUUUAAAUCUUUUUCUGUUAUAAUGAAACCUAGUUCUAAGGAAAAUUUUUAAAUGAAAUGUCAAGUGCAUAAUGUAACAUUUUUCUCUGGGCCAGCUUACCCUGUUAAAAUUGCCAUAUUGCUAAUUAAUUAAACAGGUGUCAGCAGCA